UAUAUUUUUCAAAGAAAAAAAUUAAAGUUUUUCUUUUUUGGAAAUAUUGUUGUUAAUAAAAUAAGAAAGAAUUGGAAAGAAAAUCCUUAACUAAAACAUUAAUAAAUACAACUAAAUUCUGUUGAUACAAAAAUAAUUCGGUAGAUUGCAACAUGUGUGUUGUUAUAGAUUUAGAUGCGGUCUGUUUGAUUUGUUUACAGCCCAACAAGGAGAUGCAGCCAAUUUUUUCAACAAUCGGAGAUAAUGCAGAACUACAAAUUGCCCAGCAGAUAUCAAUAUUAUCAGAAUUGAAAAUUGAUCAGCAUAAUAAAACAUUGCCACGAAAGAUUUGUGGUAAAUGUUUGCAAGAUUUACGAGCGGCCUGGCGUUUUCGUAAAAAUUGUCAAGCAGCUGUUACCAUAUUCCAGACCAUAGUCAGAUUGGGUGGUAAUCAAACAGCAGAGGAUGAAAUAGAAGCCAAAGAGUUGCCGGUACAAGAGGUCAAGGUGCCGCAGGAGUUACAAAUAAAAUGUAUAAAUAAUGAAGAUAAUGUGGCUGAUGAGGUUGACAAUAAAGCUAGUGAAUCUCUGAUACAAAAGAAAUCAGCUGCCGUAGAAGCAUUUGUAUUAAAUAAUACUAAGGAAAAUUCUACCUUAUAUGAAGAACUAGUGCCACAUGAUUAUGUAGAAGAUCAAGAUAAUCAAAACGAGGAGUUUCAUAAUCUGCAACAAGAAAUUAAUGAGUCAAAUAUGGAGGAAGUAGAUGAAGUAGAGGAAAAUGAAAGUGAUCAGAUAUUACAGGAAGAGCAGGAGGAGGGUAAUAAUGUAGUGGAAUAUUAUUUAACUGAAGAAGCCUUAACGGAUGACAGCACCAUAAAAUUUCAUAACAAAUUGGCGUCUAAAGGCAAAAUCCAACUGGAAACCAAACAGUUGAAGCUAAAUAAACAAACCACUGCCACAGACGAAAGACAGAUGAAGCUUACAGAGUAUUUGGAAAAGGUAAAUAAGCCAACUGCAAGAGUUCGCACCAGAGGACAAAAUGUACAAAAAGUAGUAGCUAAUGCGAGACCACAAACAAAAACAAUAGUUAUAGAAGAUUCCAAUAGCGCAGAGGAUUCGCAACAUUUACCAGCGCAGCCCGAAGUUCGACAGGUGAAAACACGUAAACGUCGAACACAAUCGCCCGAAAUAAAAAAACUCAAAGUUUGUGAGUUAUGUGGUAAUUCGUAUCGUUUUCAACAUGCCUUAAAUGCUCAUAUGCGGCGCCAUUACAAUGAAAAACCAUUCCCUUGUGAUUUCUGCGACAAGGCGUUCGUAUCUAAUGUCGAACUGAGACGUCAUAUGCGUGUGCAUACGGGCCAAAAACCCUAUGCUUGCCAAUAUUGUGAACGACGUUUCUCUGACUUUGGCUCACGCAUUAAACAUGAACGCACCCAUACCGGUGAACGGCCCUAUCACUGUGUUACUUGUGGCAAAUCGUUUGCCUAUCCUCAUGUCCUAUCCGUGCAUGUGCUUACUCAUACGGGAGAAAAACGAUUUCGAUGUGAAUAUUGCAGUAAAGGAUUUACGAAAAAAAUAUAUUUACAAUCACAUGUCGAACAGCAUCAUAAUAUUGGAGCAGAUUUUCAGGUUGUCAUUGAUGAAAGUAGCCAAAAUCAAGGGGAUAACAACAGCAUGAAGGGUGAAAAUUUUCAAGAUUGUAUUUUUACUACCGAAUACGUUAACGAAGAGGCAAUAGAGGAAGCUGAUGGUGAGUACGAAGAAGAAAAUGAACAAGAUCCGGGAAAAAUUAUGAUAACGCAAACGUUAAUGCACUCGAAAAUCGAAGCGGAUGACGAUGAUGAUGUAGGAGAAAUGCAUGAAAUUGUAGAAGUGGAACCGGAAGAAGAAUAUUCAUAAAUUGUUUAAAUAAAUUAUAGAUUUAAUUCUUGUUUAAUUUUUAUUUUUUUUUAGAUUUUACUUUUUUAAGGAAAUAUAUUUUCAUUGAAUAUAAUACUUGUAAUAAAAAGCAUUAUUAAGCUAAAAUGUAAUAGCUUAUUCUAUAAAUAAAAAACAUUUUUAAUAUUCGGUAA